AUGGCGCCGCCGAAGCCGAGCUCUCCUCCCAACCCCAACCCCAACGCCAGCCCCAACUCCUCCUCCGACGCCGACAAGGCCAGGGGCAAGACGAAGGUGACGCCCCUGCAGGUCGCCUUCCUCGUCGAGCGCUACCUCGCCGACAAUGGCUUCUCGGCCUCCCUCGCCGCCUUCCGCUCCGACGCCUCCCACCUCUUCGCCAAGACCAGCAACAACAUAGUCCCUCCCAAGGGCCUCCUCCCUCUCGCCGACAUCCUCCACGACUACAUCUCCCUCAAGGAGUCACGCCUCGCCGUCGACUCCGCCAUGCAGGCCAUGCAGACCCUCGUCUCCACCUACUACCAUUCCGGCUCAUCCGCUCAUCUCGCGGCGCCGCCCUCCUCGCCGCCGCUCGUCCCGCCCUUCUUCGUCGGCCCCACCACCUCUUCUCCCCCGCACCCACCCAUGGUGGCCAUUCCCCCGCCUCCUACAGGCUCCUCUGGAUAUGCUACGCCUAUGAUACACUACACACAGUCAUCCUCCUCGCUUGUUGUUCAGAAUUCUUCAAAUGCCAACAACAUGUCCACCCCAGCAGCCAGUUCUUUGCCUACAAAAAAAAGAAAGGCAGCCAAGCCUGCUGCAAAAACUACUUCAGCCUCCAAGAGAAUAUGUGCUGGACCGUCCACAAGCUUGAACCCAAAAAGUACAAGUGCAGCCUCUCAACUGCAAACUGCACAGCCAAGUUCAGCUGAACAUUCAGUGGUUGCAAAACUGCCGGCCCAAGCCUCAUCCGUUGCAAAAAGCUUAUUCACCCCACUCCAGUCUCAAGUCAGUUCUCCUUGUACAGCUCAACUAAGCUAUCCCAUGGGAAAUGAACUUGCUUCUUGUCAAUCACAAAGGCCAUCAUCUGUGGUUCCAAAUGCUCAUGCCCAACAGGAGAUUGCUUCCUCUCAAUACUCUAUAGUUUCUUCCAAGAGACUAAUAGUCAGUCCUAUGAAAGGGGGCACCUAUUAUUCUGUCGAGAGGAGUUGCCAUGUCAGCUCCCCCUUAAAAUCAAGCACCCAGAGAUCUUCAAAAAGGGAACAUGUGAAAGGGAGGUUAGAUUUUGACAGUUCAGAUGCAAGGCCAGUUCCAGCUGAACAUGUUUCUGACAAGCCCUCUAGCUCUACCUAUAAUGGAGAGAAGCAAGAUGACUUUGACAUUGAUUUCACAAACUUUGAUCUCUUUGAAGGCGACUUCUCAUUUUCGGAACUAUUGCUUGACUUUGAUCUUGACAAUGAAGGCCUUCAAUGUGAGAAUCCUUCCACAAAUGCUGAAGUUCAAAGACUACAGCCCACUGUGAAGAGUAACAACAUGACUGCUGAUCCAGCUUUUCCAGAUCCAAUGAAGCCAAUGUCAGCAGAUCCCACUGAAGACAUCAAUUCACAAGGAGCUACAUCUGUUACUUCUGUCAGAGCUAUUACUAAGAGGAUAAAGAUUGUUAGCCCUGGUAUGCCUAUAACCUCUACCUAUCAUGCUUCUCAUGUACAACAGGUUUUAAAGUUAUCUAAUAUGCUAGCUGUAUUUGUUUGCAGUUAA